AUGCCUUCUGCAACCGCGUCGGCACCUCCCCGCCAUGACGCACUUGACAACUAUACCGUCGAUGACCUCUCCGACGACCCGUUCGCGUCGCCGAGCCCGCCAUCCUCGGCGAAGCGAAAAGAGCCGAGCUCGAGCGGCCUCGGCAUCGACGAGGAGGUCUCCGUAAAGAAGCGCGCGCGCGUACCCAACGUCAAGCUUGACGAGGAACGGCUCCUCGGCCCUGCAGGCAUCCCGAAACUGCGCGAACGCGCCGGCAGCCUCAAGAUCAAAGGCAAGGGCCACGAAUUCUCCGACACGGCACGCCUUCUUUCCUUUUAUCAGCUCUGGCUCGACGACCUCUUUCCCAAGGCCCGCUUCCUCGACGCUCUAGCCAUGGUGGAAAAGGCCGGCCACAAGAAGCAAGUCAUGGUGGCGCGGGAUGGCUGGAUCAAAGAGGGCAGUCAAAAAUCCCACGUGCACGACGACGACAAUGAGGACGAUGACGACGGUGGCAAGACAUUGCCGUUGAUGGAUGAGAAGGAGGGCACGGGCGCGGUCGAGGGCAGUGGAAGCAGGCCGGGUGAGCAACCAGCCAGGCCGCAAACACCACAGUCAGACACGGAGGUGCCCGAUGCAGACGAUCUUUACGGCGUCACGCCACGACGUCCACCUGCUCGUGAGAAUGCAUUCGAUGAGGAUGAUGUCGACGCUCUGCAAGCGGAGGCGGAGGGAUGGGGCAACCCUCAGGCUCAGGCACGACGGCCACGGCCACCACCAUCGACGAACGAGGACGAGGACGACUUGGAUGCCUUGAUCGCCGAGGCCGAGGGGCAAGAUGUACGCCAAAACGUGCACCCGUCGGGCGACGGUUCCGGCGGCAAGGAGAGCGGAUAUGAUUUUGACGAGGAGGAGGCAGCGAUGCACGAGUUGGAGGGGGCAUGA